AUGACAAAAGAAAGAGAAAAGAAAAAGCAGGACCAACAGGUGGAGCCUGAUGAUGGAGUGCUCAGGAGGGCGCAGCAGCUAGCAACCCUGAGGAGAAGAUUGAGGAGCUUACAGAUUUGGUUAAAUCACUCAUUCGGUCUCAGGCAGCAAGAGAUCAGCAGAUGGAAAAAGAUGCCUCCCGUCAAGAGCAAAAAUGGAAAAGUAUGCAACACCAGUUUCAGCAAAUACAGCUACAAGUUCAUGAAAUGCAGCAAGACCCUAGAGGUGAACCGCAAGAGUCUGGAGCAUGGCGGUCUCAAGCUGACAGUGAUCCAGUUUCUGCGGAUGGUCAACCCUGAGCUGGAAGUGUGGCUUCAUGAGCAUGACCCAAAGACAGCAGAGAAUGCGGCACAACUCGCAGAGGUCUUCACAGCAGCGAGACGAGGGACAAAACACAGUACUUUUGCCCGGGUCAUCAACUUUGCCCACAAAAAUCUCAUCCAGCAAGCGGAACUACACCCUCACAGAGAACAGUCAGUAGCAAGCCCAGGAAAUGUGGUCCUACCGGAAGGGAGGGAUGCCCCGUUAGCACAACCUAUAGAGUCCCAGCUUAAAGCAACAUCUACGGGGUACAGCAUGCUUCUAGAUGUUAACCUUCCAGCAAAUGUAGGUGAACUUCAGAGGCAGGAUCCAACUUUGAAAUGUUGGUUUGAGAAGGUGACAGAAGUUGAAGGAAACACACAGGGCAGUCCAGGAUUUCUUGAUGAGGCUACUUAUGUAGUAAAAGGGGGAAUUUUGUAUCAGUGCAAGGGAGAUGUGGAGUCCUUAGCAUUGCCACAAGAGUUCAGAGAGAAAGUAAUGGAUCUGGGACACACAGUUCCAUGGGCUGGACAUAUGGGAUUUCAGAAAAUACUGUGUCGAAUUGCCAGAAGAUUUGUGUGGCCAGGGAUGUAUAGUCAGAUAUCACACUUCUGUAAGUCUUGUGUUAAAUGUCAGCUCACUUCAGGAAGGAAGGUUCCGCAUGCCCAGCUUCUGCCCCUACCGAUUAUUGGUACUCCAUUUGAGAGAAUAGGGAUGGAUGUAGUGGGUCCCCUAGAGAGAAGCUCAAUGGGUAACAAGUACAUCUUAGUGAUAUGCGAUUAUGCCACUCGGUACCCUGAAGCUUUUCCCCUGAAGUGCGUAAAAGCCAGAAAUGUUGCAAACUGUUUGAUUCAACUUUUCUCAAGAGUAGGAAUACCGAAAGAAGUUUUGACAGAUUGUGGAACAAACUUUAUGUCUAAAUAUUUGCAACAAGUCUAUAAGUUGUUAGGAGUGAAGGGAAUUAAGACCACCCCAUAUCAUCCCCAGAUGGACGGGCUUGUUGAGAGAUACAAUCAGACUCUAAAGAACAUGCUGCGCAAGUUUGUUUCCACUACAGGAGCAGAUUGGGACCAGUGGUUACCCUAUUUGCUGUUUGCCUACAGAGAAGUCCCGCAGGCUUCAACAGGAUUUUCACCUUUUAAACUGCUGUAUGGACGGCAAGUAAGAGGACCAUUAGACCUCCUAAAAGACUACUGGGAAAAUCCUGAAUCUGCAGAAGAGAACAUUGUGGCAUAUGUGGUCAAGAUGCGGCAGAGGUUGGAGGAGAUGACAGCGCUAGCACAGGAGUGUAUGAGAACAGCACAACAGACCCAGAAAAGAUGGUAUGACCAGAAAUCCAGAGAAAGGGUCCUGAAACCAGGCCAACAAGUCCUAUUGCUGCUACCAACAUCAGAUAACAAGCUGCUUGCUAAGUGGCAUGGCCCAUAUGAAGUGACACGACAAGUGGGUAAGGUCACAUAUGAACUGUUUAUGCCUGACAGAGUGAAAAAACAUCAGACAUUUCAUGUGAAUUUGUUGAAAGAAUUCCAGAUGCACCAGAGGCCAGUGCAGCACCUCUUGGUUUGUGAUGUCAAUGAUGAGGAGGUGGAUGAGAAGUUUUUACCCUCUAAUGACCCACAGGUCAGUGGGGUUGAUCUGUCUCAUCUCUUAGCAUCCCAGCAGGAGGAGGUUUCAUCUCUUUUGGAUCCAGAGCUGUUUACAGAGACUCCAGGUUUUACAGACCUGGUGCAACAUGAAAUCUACCUCAAGAAGAAUGCUCCAGCGCGGCAGAAGAGCUACCGGAUUCCGGAGCGGCUGAUGCCAGAACUGAAGAAAGAGAUCAACUUUAUGUUGGAACUUGGUAUCAUUGAAAUAUCAACAAGUGAAUGGUGUAGUCCAGUGGUUCUUGUACCAAAAAAAGAUGGUUCACUGAGAUUUUGCAUUGACUUUCGGUAUCUGAAUUCUUUGUCUCAGUUUGAUCCAUAUCCUAUGCCCAGAGUUGAUGAUCUGUUGGAGAGAGUGGAAGGAGCCAAGUUUAUCACUACACUGGACUUGAGUAAAGGAUACUGGCAGGUGGCACUAGCACCAGAGGCACGCAAGCUGACGGCAUUCAGGACACCAUUUGGUAUGUACCACUUCAAAGUGAUGCCAUUUGGUCUUCAGGGAGCACCUGCCUCUUUCCAAAGACUUAUGAAUCAUGUUUUGAGAGAGGUGUCAGAUUUUUCAGCAGCCUACUUGGAUGAUGUGGUUGUGUUUAGCCAAACUUGGAAGGAUCACAUGCUCCAUUUACGACGAGUGUUGGGGUGCAUCAGAAAAGCUGGAUUGACCAUUAAUCCCCAGAAAUGUGCCAUUGCCCAGAAAGAGGUGGCCUAUUUAGGCUAUGUCAUUGGGUUUGGCAAGAUUAGACCACAGGUGGGGAAGGUGGAGGCUGUUCAUUCUUUUCCUGUACCUACUACCAAGAGGAGAGUGAAAAGCUUCUUGGGCCUUGUAGGAUGGUACAGGAAGUUUAUUCCUAAGUUUGCAGAGCGUACAGCUGUGCUGAACAACCUCACCAAGAGCAAGUCACCAAAUAAGAUUCAAUGGACUCCUGAAUGUGACAGAGCAUUUAAGGAUCUUAAAAAUGCCAUCUGCAUAGAGUCUGUUUUGCACACCCCAGAUUUUGAGAAAUCCUUUACACUGCAAACAGAUGUUUCUGGAGUGGGUCUGGGGGCAGUUUUAUUGCAGGAGGAUCAUGGAGAGAUGAAGCCGCUAGUGUUUCUGAGCCGCAAGCGUCUGGACCGGGAGACCAGAUAUUCGACGGUGGAGAAAGAAUUUCUAGCAAUGAAGUGGGCCAUUGAAUCAUUGAGGUACUACCUGCUGGGAAGGCAUUUCUUUUUGGAAACCGACCACCGGGCCCUCCAGUGGUUGCAUCGGAUGAAGGACGCAAACGCACGGAUUGCUGGAUGGUACCUCGCCCUGCAACCGUAUAACUUCACAGUCCACUACAAGGUGGGAAAGACCAACACUGUAGCUGACUGCUUGCCUAGGAUUCCUGAAGGUUAA